GAUGACACAAACUUCUCUCUGUAAUCUUUAUUUUCUAAAAACCUUCAUUAUUCUUGAAUAUCUCUACAAUAGUUCUUUCAGAAACCCAACACACACACACACACACACACACACACACACUGACACACACACAUUGUGUGUGUAUAGAACUAUAUAUAUAUAUUCUGUUCUUGUCCUGUUGUAUGCAAAGCUGCAAAGGUGGUGUUCUUUUACAAUGGCGACAUUUUAGAUCUUUUCUGGGCAAUUAUCAUUGUUUAAAUACUUGAUUGUUCCGCUCAGAUAACGACACAAAAGGGUAUAUAAAUGUGAAUUAACUCCAGAAGGAAGUUGGUGAGAGAGGGAAAGCAUAGAAAGUGAACUUUUGACACCAUGGCCGGGGAACAAUUACAGGUGCUUAGCACACUCGACACAGCAAAGACACAAUGGUAUCAUUUCACUGCAGUCAUUAUUGCUGGCAUGGGCUUCUUCACCGAUGCUUAUGAUCUCUUCUGCAUAUCCCUCGUCACCAAGUUGCUCGGUCGCAUAUACUACCACGUUGAAGGUUCUUCAAAGCCUGGUUCUCUACCUCCCAGUGUAUCAGCUGCUGUUAAUGGUGUAGCAUUCUGUGGAACUUUAUCUGGACAGCUUUUCUUUGGAUGGCUCGGUGAUAAGAUGGGACGAAAACGAGUCUAUGGCAUGACUCUCAUGGUCAUGUGUAUUUGCUCCAUUGCUUCAGGCCUUUCCUUUAGCAGUGAUCCUAAAGCAGUUAUGAGCACCCUUUGCUUCUUUCGUUUCUGGCUUGGGUUUGGCAUUGGGGGUGAUUACCCACUUUCUGCCACCAUCAUGUCUGAAUAUGCUAACAAGAAGACUCGUGGUGCCUUCAUCGCUGCUGUGUUUGCUAUGCAAGGCUUUGGAAUUUUGGCUGGUGGCAUAUUUGCAAUUAUAUCCUCGGCUGCAUUUGAUGCGAGUUUCAAAGCUCCAGCAUAUGAAGUUGAUCCUAAAGGCUCAACUGUUCCACAAGCAGAUUAUCUUUGGAGGAUAAUUGUAAUGGUUGGAGCACUUCCGGCUUUGCUCACGUACUAUUGGCGGAUGAAGAUGCCAGAAACUGCUCGUUAUACAGCACUUGUCGCCAAUAAUGCAGAAAAGGCUGCAGCAGACAUGUCAAAGGUUUUGCAGGUUGACAUUGAGGCUGAUCAGCAAAAGGUAGAGAAGAUAGCUGAGAAGCCAGCCAAUUCAUAUGGUUUGUUAUCCAAAGAGUUUCUUCAUCGCCACGGCCUUCACUUGCUUGGUACAACAAGCACAUGGUUCUUGCUGGACAUUGCAUUUUACAGCCAAAAUCUGUUCCAAAAGGACAUUUUUAGUGCUAUCGGAUGGAUUCCUCCUGCAAAGACUAUGAAUGCCGUACAGGAGGUUUUUAAAAUAGCAAGGGCGCAAACUCUUAUUGCUCUGUGCAGUACUGUCCCAGGCUACUGGUUCACGGUGGCUCUGAUUGAUAGGAUGGGAAGAUUUGCCAUUCAGUUGAUGGGUUUCUCCAUGAUGACAGUGUUCAUGUUUGCACUGGCCAUUCCUUACAACUAUUGGACUCACAAGGACCAUCGAAUUGGAUUUGUAGUGAUGUACUCAUUGACUUUCUUCUUUGCUAAUUUCGGUCCGAAUGCCACCACAUUUGUUGUGCCGGCUGAGAUAUUCCCAGCUAGGUUCCGGUCAACAUGCCAUGGCAUAUCGGCUGCAGCAGGGAAGUUAGGGGCAAUAGUGGGUGCCUUUGGGUUCUUGUAUCUGGCUCAGAACCAGGACAAGGCCAAGGCAGAUGCAGGGUAUCCGGCUGGCAUCGGGGUGAAGAACUCGCUCAUUGUCUUGGGUGUGGUAAACUUUUUGGGCACAUUGUUUACUUUCUUGGUGCCUGAAUCAAAGGGGAAAUCGUUGGAAGAGAUGUCAGGUGAGAGAGGGGCUGAAGAGGAGUAGGAUCGGCCGGGCCUCCACCUUGUUGGCUGCUGUGAUAGAUAUGGUACCUGUUCUGAGAAUCAUGUGAAUGGUCACAUGGUUCAUGUAGAUUCUAUUCUCACUUUCUUAAUUUCUUGAUUUGUUAACUGAUAUUGGUGGAGAAACUUAUUUCACUCUGGUCGAUUUUAGACGGACGAAUUUAGAUUCAA